AUGUCUAAAAACAACAGGACAACAUCUAGAAUUACUGUAAGUGAUUAUGAUAUGUUAAUGAUGUUUGAGCGUGGAAUUCGUGGUGGAAUAACACAUAUAUCAAAAAGAUAUGCAGAAGCAAAUAAUAAAUAUAUGAAAAAUUAUAAUCCUGGAAAGGAGUCUACUUUUAUACAGUAUCUUGAUGCAAAUAAUCUUUAUGGAUGGGCUAUGAGUCAAAAUCUUCCAACUCAUGGAUUUAAAUGGAUGAAAGAUAUAACAUUGGAAAAGGUAUAUGAAAUUUUAGAAAAAGCAAAUCAUAGUAUGUCAAAUACUGGUAAGAAGGGUUAUAUAUUUGAAGUUGAUUUGGAGUAUCCACCCCACUUAUGGGAUACACAUAAUGAUUAUCCUCUAGCACCUGAGAUAAUGAAAGUUAAUGGAGUUGAAAAAUUAAUUUGUCAUUUCAAACCUAGAAAAAAUUAUGUUAUACAUUAUAGAACUCUUAGGCAAUGUAUUGAGUUGGGUAUGAGGAUUACUACUGUACAUAGAGGAAUAUCAUUUUAUCAAUCUCCUUGGAUGGAACCUUAUAUUCGAAAGAAUACAGAACUUCGAAAGACAGCAGCUAACAGUUUUGAAAAAGACUUUUUUAAAUUAAUGAAUAAUUCAGUUUUUGGUAAAACAAUAGAAAAUAUAAGGAAAAGACAAAAUAUACAUCUUGUUGAUAACCGUAAGAAAGCUCUAAAAUUAUCAAGUCGUCCAAAUUUUGAUAGAUGUACAAUAUUUGAUAAAAAUCUUAUAGCAAUACAUAUGAAAAAUACUGAAGUGUAUUUUAACAAACCAGUAUAUGUUGGUCAAUCAAUUUUAGAUUUAUCAAAAUCUCUAAUGUUUGAUUUUCAUUAUAACUACAUCAAAAAUAAAUAUGGAAAAAAAGCUGAGUUAUUGUUUACAGACACAGACAGUCUAAUGUAUGAAAUUAAAACAAAAGAUUUUUACGAAGAUAUAUGUGAUGAUGUAAAAAAUAAAUUUGAUACUAGCGAUUAUCCAUCAGAUCAUCCUUCCGGUAUAAUUACAGGAGCUAAUAAAAAUGUAAUAGGGAUGUUUAAAGAUGAAGUAGCUGGAAAACAGAUAACUUCUUUUGUUGGGUUGCGACCCAAACUUUAUAGUUUUAAAAUUGAGGAGGAUAAACAAGUAAGAAAGUGUAAAGGCAUAAAGAAAAAUGUUAUAAAAAAGAAAUUAGAUUUUGAUGACUAUGUUAAAUGUUUGUUUACGGGUGAAAAAGAAAUGAGAUCUAUGAAAAUUAUAAGAAGUGAAAAUCAUGAUAUAUAUUCUAAAGAGGUUAACAAAGUAGCUCUUAGUAAUCAAGAUGAUAAAAGAUGCGUAUUAAAAGACUUAAUACAUACUUUAGCAUUCAGAUAAAAAAAUUUAAAAAGUAAAUACACUUAAAAUAAUAAAUGAACUACACAGAGGAAGAAAUAAAAAAAUAUUUAAAUAUACUACAUAAUUAUAAACUAGAGAGGGAGGGGGUCAUAGGGGGAACCGUACGUACCCCUAUAUGUAAAGGUUGUUCAAAUACAGAAUCUUUUUCAACAUAUUCAGGUUACAAUAUGUGUAAUGAAUGUGGAACACUUAACGGUCAUAUUUUAGGUCAAUUUGAUUUAAAAGAUUUUGAUAGAUUUUACUAUCGAAAAAAGAGUAUUUAUCAUAGGAAGUAUUACUAUGAUAAAAAGAUUAAACAGAUUUCUAAAUUAAUAAAUCUUACUGAUGAACAAAAUUGUGAACUUUACAACAGACUAUUAAAAAUAGAUAAU